CCCUGCUGCCUACAAGUACGUGCAACAUUGAACUACACCUACAUAUCUUUGACACACUGUAAUCUGCAUGUGUAGAGAAGUUUCUUACUUGCUGACAACAUUGAACCGCGUGGCUGUGAAGUUGAUUCAUUCAUUACCUAGUACCUUUCGGAUUCCCAUCCAAUCUAUGUCUACCAGAUUACAUACCUACCAGACUACCUAUACUUACGGUAGUAAAUACUCAAAAGGUCAUAAUUCAAUUCCACUUGAAAGGCUUAGGCUACCUACUAUCCACGAUUUUACAUAGGUUAAGAGAUAACUAGAUCCCCGUCCCCAAUUCUCCAUCCUACAUUCUCCACCUUGUGGUGCUUUAGGCCCUCUUUCAAAUCUUCCUUUGAUCUUCUACUUUUAUUACUACUUCUACUUCACAGGCUCGAGCUCAGUCGUGAGAUCUAUUAGCCAAAUGAGUAAAGCUGAAUCUUAUGACAUGAGACAAAAUUAGAAAUACAUAUAUGCAUAUAUAUAUAUUUGAAUAUCGAAUCGUAUUCUCGAAUAAGGGGGCGAAAAGGGAAGAUAGGAUAGGCCACUCGUGGUGGCUAGAAGAUUGAAGCGCAUUCCGAAAUACCACCAUUAUUCAUCCUGGCUCUCCCAUCAGCCUAUCGCGAUAUAUUUCGUUCCGUAUUGGCUUACUAGAUGAUGUCUACUUCUAACGGCGCAACCUCUGGUGCCGCUGCGAACGACUCCGGAUCUCAGGGCGCCGACAACAGUCCGAUCGCCGUAAUAACCCCUCCUGCUGUUUCUCAACCACAGAAUAAUGGCAGUAUUCCCAGACCGAAACGACUGGCAUGUAUGAUAUGCCGGAAACGCAAGCUUAGAUGCGAUGGCGUCAAGCCUAGUUGCAGCACCUGUACGAGACUAGGACAUGAUUGCGCCUACGAUGAAGUGAGACGAAAGAGCGGCCCGAAACGAGGUUACGUUAAGGCCUUAGAAGAGAGACUGAAACAAGUCGAGACUCUCUUGAAUAAGACACAGGAGCCAGCACGCACCGCUGGACCCGAAGUGGACAAAACGCCGACCGCUGCUUUCGAACAGAAUCGUGGUCAGCGACCGGCAACGACCCCAAAUUUCAACGUCAACAAUGCCUCCAUCGGUAUCGCAGCAGAUCGUGAUAUGGACAGAUGGCAAUUUAACGAGGAAUCUCCGCAAGCUGGCAGUGGCUUAGACGAAUUCAAUUUUGGCGGAAAUAUGUCAAUAAACAUGAACAGUAACAUGAAUAAUAUAGGCAAUAUGGACAACAGCUUCACGUGGGAGAUGAUUGGCCUCGGGCUAGAAGAGCCACUUCCACCUCAGGAUACAAUCGACGAAUUACACCAGAUAUUCUUUGAGAAAAUUCAUCCAUCGUUGCCCAUGAUUCAUAAAUAUCGGUAUCUAGCAGCGAUGAAUCUGGCACCGAGUCAAAGGCCGCCCGUCGCAUUACGAUAUGCCAUCUGGACCCAGGCUUGUGCCGUGACGGACAAGUAUACGGAUUUAAGAGACCUAUUUUACCAGCGCGCUCGUAGGUAUAUGGAAGCGGAUUCUGUCAAGGGCUACGGCGAACACAUGAUUUCAGUUGCCCAUGCUCAGACUCAUGUGCUACUUGCCUCAUAUGAAUUCAAGAUGAUGUACUUCCCAAGAGCAUGGAUGAGCACCGGUGCAGCCGUGCGCCAAUGCCAGAUGAUCGGAUUGCACAGGCUUGAUGGAACAGGCCUUGACGUAAAACAAUGCCUUCCUGCACCCCGUGACUGGACGGAGCGAGAGGAGAGACGGCGCACAUUCUGGAUGGCAUUUUGCAAGGACCGAUAUGCCAGUAUUGGCACAGGCUGGCCCAUGACAAUAGACGAGCGUGAUAUCAUGACCCAUCUACCUUCCUCGGAGGAGGCGUUCGAAAUGAGCCGGCCGGAGCAGACACAGUCACUUGCAGAGUCAAUGAGUCCGGCUGGAGCUGCUAAGCUUUCAUCAUUUGGUGGUGUCGUGUUAAUGGCCUGCCUGUUCGGCCGCAAUCUCAUUCAUCUUCACCGUCCAGAUGAAGAUGAUCGCGACCACGACCUCAACGGGGAAUUCUGGAAGCGCCAUAGAAAUAUGGACAACAUUUUGUUGAACACCUCUCUCUGUCUACCAAACCACUUAAAGCUCCCCGCUGGACUCUCUAAUCCCAAUAUCGUGUUUACUAAUAUGAAUAUCCAUACCUCAACGAUAUGUCUCCACCAAGCAGCUAUUUUCAAGGCAGACCGGAAUAAACUCCCACCAUCUGUGAGCGCAGAAAGCAAGGUUCGCUGUAUUACGGCAGCAAACGAGAUUGCUAGCAUCAUGCGAAUGGUGUCUCAUUUGGACUUGUGUGCGAUGAACCCUUUCAUAUCCUUUUGCUUAUACGUGUCUGCACGGGUAUUCGUUCAGUACCUCAAGAGUCGGCCGGAUGAUGGCCAGACGGCGGACUCAUUACGAUUCCUCCUCGCUGCCAUGAAUGCGCUGAAACGAAAGAACCCAUUGACCGAAUCAUUCCUGGUACAAUUGGAUGUCGACUUGGAAGCAUUGGGGACGAGAAUACCCAAGCUCAAGUCGGCAUUUCCAAGAAGUGCGGAUAGUCCCGGCUCCGGUUCCAAGGUACCAAAUAUGUAUCAAAGGUCUAACAGUAAUGCGGCGAAAUGUGAUACUCGGGACGGAGGCAGUGGCAUCCUCGCAUACCGGGAUGCAAAUGUGGGAGGUACCGAUCCCGAAAACCAGAGUUCGGCAACUGGCGGGGGAAGACCAGAAAGCUUCUCUAGUCAGAGCUGGCAGCAACUCUCCACAGGCGAGCAAAGUUCAGGCCCAGACCAAUGUACUCAAGGGGUAAUGCCACCGGUAACGUAUUCGGGAUACGUCGACGGUACAGCGAACGACGCAAAUGGCAUGUCUACAUCGUCAAACACGGACGGACCAUCGAAUGGACCGACGCCUAACUCGAGCAGCGGCAGUGGUUCAGACAAUCGGCAGGGUAUGACAGGGACGGGUCAUAUGGCUAACUCGAGCGGUAGGACGUCGUUCGAUACCAGUCCUGUCCAUUCUCGUCAGAAUCUUAGCCCGCAGGAGGAGCUAGACGCGGCUACGGCAGCCUUCUUCCAAAUGGGCCCCGGUAGUGGCAUAGCCCCUGAACACAACUUCGGCACUACUGAAACGGCUGGGAACGCGUUCUCGAUUCCGAAUGGGUGGCCCGGAACAUCCGGCAUGACACCAGUAACCGACGGUGUGCUUCAAACACUCAUAGAUAUGCGAAUGGAUUUAGGGUGGGACUCGAGUACAUGAAAUUAUUCCCACUUAGUUCGGUAGACAUGUCAAUGAGGCGGGGAAAAUGUUAGUAGUAUCAUUCUGGUGGAUUUGAUACUUGGUGCAGAACUGGUUUUGCUGGGACUUGGAUACCUCUUGAGAUAUAUAUAUGGAUGGAUCAAGCUACGAGAAAAGGGCGUUUCUUGGUGCUGGAUGGGUUGGCCGACUCUAGCGUGGAGGAGACAUACGAAAUAAGGAUUAUAUGUACUAUAUAUACCUACUGGCUAAAUGCCGUGACGUGGCCUAUGAGUUAUAGUAUUAGAUACGUUGGCGACGACAAGAAUCCCACUUACAUCUAUAUCUACAUGCCACAUA